AAGAUGCAUGAACGAAACGAACGAAAUGAAUGAAAGGCACACAAGAGUCACACUCCAUACCAAUAAGUGUCGGUAAUAUACGCAGAAGCUUCUUGCAAACCGCCUUUAAACAGAAGAAGAAGAAGACGUCGAAACUAGGUUACACUCCCGCAUGCGCAGACGGAAGAACAAUUUGUUGAUAUCCUGUUUGGUUUGUAGUUUUCUCAGAGGCUUUAGUUUUUCCAAACAGCAAUUUACCAAGCAGCUUCACAUGAAGGGCUAAUGGAUGACACACCGGAUUUGACGUUAACUUCACAAAAAGGCUCCUCUGAUCUCCACUUCUCUGAAUGGCACCUGUUUAAACUCACUAUGAAGAUAAAGGACACCUGUCCACAACCUCAAACAGUCACACUCUAAACUCCAUUGAUGACCAAGACCAAAGAAAGGACAAAGGACAGUAGCAACAAACUUGCAGAGCUGCACCAGGCUGGGAAGACUUAAUCUGCAAUAGGCCGAACGCACCCCACGUUCAGAACGUAAGCGGAGGGAUUCAUUUGGGAUGUUUGAUGGCUAUGACAGCUGUAGUGAGGAAUCGACCAGCAGCUCCAGCUCAGAGGACAGCGAGGAUGAGAUGGCACCUGCCAUCCCUGCCAGUCUACCCAUCAUCAAGAACAAUGGCCAGGUGUAUACUUAUCCCGAUGGAAAAGCUGGAAUGGCCACUUGUGAGAUGUGUGGAAUGAUAGGAGUCCGAGAUGCCUUUUAUUCCAAAACAAAGCGUUUCUGCAGUGUUUCUUGUUCCAGGAGCUAUUCUUCCAAUUCCAAAAAAGCAAGCAUAUUAGCGAGACUACAGGGCAAGCCUCCAACAAAAAAAGCGAAAGUAUUACAGAAGCAACCUCUUGUGGCAAAAUUAGCAGCUUAUGCUCAGUACCAAGCAAGUCAACAGAACCAGGCCAAAUCAAAAGCUGUGGUUCCAACGGAAAGUUUUGACUGGGGUCAGUACAUCUGUGUCAAUAACACAUCUGGAGCUCCAGUCAGCUGUUUCAAGCAUGCUCCUAUGGGGACAUGCUGGGGAGGUAUUGAAGAAGGGGUGAGAAUUGAAGUGCUCAACUCUGACACCAACCACUUGACUAAGGUGUACUGGAUAGCAGAAAUUGUUAAGCUAGCAGGGUUCAAGGCUCUCCUCCGUUAUGAAGGUUUUGAUAUUGACAGCAGUAAGGACUUCUGGUGUAAUCUCUGUAUCCCAGAGGUUCAUCCUGUGGGCUGGUGUGCCUCUAGUGGAAAACCGCUUGUACCUCCAAAAAGCAUACAACAUAAGCAUUCUAACUGGAAGGCAUUUCUUGUCAAGCGUCUCACUGGAGCUAAAACACUGCCACCCGACUUUAAUACCAAGGUUCAUGAAAACACACAGUUCCCCUUUAAGAAGCUGAUGCGGGUAGAGGUGGUGGAUAAAAACUAUCUGUGCCGGACACGAGUGGCCUUGGUGGAGCAAGUGAUUGGAGGUCGCCUCAGGCUGGUCUAUGAAGAGAGCCAGGAUGGAUCAGAUGACUUCUGGUGUCAUAUGUACAGCCCUCUCAUUCAUAAUAUCGGAUGGUCACGCAGCAUUGGACACCGGUUUAAAAGAUCAGACAUAACAAAGAAAAUUGAAGGUCAAGUUGACGCGCCGCCGCAGCUCUUCCAAAAGGUUAGAGAUGUGGACCAAAGUGGGGAUUGGUUCAAAGAUGGCAUGAAGUUGGAAGCUAUUGACCCUCUCAAUCUCUCAGCGAUAUGUGUAGCCACUGUAAGAAAGGUAUUGGCAGAUGGGUAUCUUAUGAUUGGAAUUGAUGGUUCUGAGGCAAUGGAUGGAUCAGAUUGGUUCUGCUACCAUGGCACCUCACCUUCUAUCUUCCCUGUGGGUUUCUGUGAAAUCAACAACAUUGAAGUGACCUCCCCACGAGGGUACGCUAAGACUCCAUUUAAAUGGUUUGACUACCUCCGAGAAACCAGUUCGAUAGCUGCUCCUGUUAAGCUCUUUAACAAGGAAGUUCCAAAUCAUGGUUUCCAACGAGGCAUGAAGCUGGAAGCUGUGGACCUGAUGGAGCCACGUCUGGUGUGUGUUGCUACAGUGACAAGAAUUGUACAUCGGCUAUUAAGGAUCCACUUUGAUGGCUGGGAAGAUGAGUAUGACCAGUGGGUUGACUGCGAGUCACCUGAUCUCUAUCCUGUGGGUUGGUGUCAGCUGACGGGCUAUCAACUCCAACCCCCUGCUUCCCAGAGUACCAGAGAAAUGUCUCAGUCACUCCCCAAGCAGAAGAAAAAGGCCCAGCAGUAUAAAGGCCAUAAGAAAAAGAGGAAAAUUCCAGUUGGUCGACGGCCCUUCAGUCAGACAGCCAGGAGGAGAAGCUUCUCAGGUGAUGAAGAGCAGAGUCCACCUUUUUACCAUGUUGAGGAGCCAACUCAGCUCCAACUCCGAACCAAUCUCCACCAAACCAAUAAAUCAGACUCACUUCUGCGAAUGAAGGAGGAAAUGAUGGAGGCAGAUGAGUUCAGUUUUUCCCAGGGCACCUCUGAUCAGGAGAGUAAUGGCUCAGGCACAUUCUACAUUAAACAGGAACCUUAGGUUCAAAGUAAGAAAAACAAGAGAAUGAUGGUUCUCUGCAAGAGUGAAUUAUGGAGAAUGGAUGUGAGUUCAAAUUACAUUUAAACACAUCUAUUUCCAAUGGAGAAGUAAGGCAAUUAAGAGAACAUGAUCAGUUCCUCACCUCUUGAAAAAAAAAAAACAAAAAACCUAUGGAUCUUUUCCGUAAUCAUUUCCAUGCAUGUAUAGAUCACAGAUGUUCUGUCUCUUUUCUCGUAUCUCUUGCCUUAACAUUCAACCAUGAUAAAACCUUUUUUUUUUUUCUUUUUUUUGUAACGAAACAACCUUUUUCCAGUGGCUCUCUUAUGUACUCCAUGUUAAUUUCAGCUGCCCCAGGCCUGUAUAAACUGUGAUAACUUUGUAUUGAGCUGGGUCUGGGUUUUUGUUUUGUUUUUGUUUUUAUACUACACGUUACUUUGCCACUGAACACAAGUCGUAAAUUACCUGAUAUAAUAGAAGCAGGCAAAAUGAGAAACAAUUAUUUGUCGUAAUUUUAUUAUCUUUUUUUUUUUAAUUCACACAGCCUAGUUAUAAUCGUACUUGAAUUGUUUUGUGUUUUUGUCUUUAGUUUUAAACUUGCUUUUGCUGGCUUUGUGGUUAAAACCUUAAAUGUAAAUUCAAAUUAUAUCAAUUAGUAUGUGGAAAAUGAUGAAGUGCAAAAUAUAGGUAUUAAAUAUUUUAAUACAGUCAUCCAAAGUACUACAAAUGCUGCAUAGAAUUGCUGCGUAUCCUUGACAUAAUGUUUCUUAGAGGUUUUCAGAGCUGCAUUUAUUCAAGAUUCAACCGUUAAAUCAAAUGAAAUGUGGUGACUAUUUUCAACAUUCAAGUUUCACUCUCAGUCUCGCAGUCAGAGAAGACCUGUUUUAUUACAAGCUGCAUUGGGAUCCUCUUUCACAAGCUAUUGAUUGUGAAACCAUUAAAAUAGCCACAUUUAAGUGACUCCUUCUAACAUUUGAACAUCUUUUAAACUGCUAUAAUGAUGAUAAUGCUUGCUGGUGGAACUUGGUCAUGUUGUCACAGUAGAACUGUUAUCCAGUCAUAAAGGGGUGUUUUUUUGAAUAAAGAAUACAUGAU